AUGUCCCAGAAUUUUGAGAAAUCAGUAAAGGGGGCCACCAAGAUUAAGCAGCUCGCGGCCCCUAAAUCUAAAUACAUAGAGCACAUCCUGGUAGCGACCCAUACAGGCGAAGCGGGAGUAGCAGAAAUAUUUCGAACUAUCCAGCUUCGGCUACGCGAUUCAACAUGGACGAUAGUCUUCAAAGCCCUCAUUGUCAUACAUAUCAUGGUAAGGGAGGGGCAAUUGGACGCUACACUACAGUAUAUGGCGGAGAACCCGAGGAAGCUUGCAAUCAGCGGAUUCUCAGAAGUUCAGUCACAAGGACAUAACAUCCGGAGAUACUCUGAUUAUCUCAUCGCGCGCGCAAAUGCAUUCGAGGCCACCAAGACGGAUUAUGUACGAAGCGGACAGGGACGUAUGAAGAGGUUGACCGUAGAAAAAGGCCUCUUGAGAGAAACAGAGAUUGUACAAAGACAGAUUCAUGCGCUGUUACAGUGUGAUCUUUUGACAGACGAAGUUGAGAACGAAAUUACGUUAACAGCCUUUCGCCUGCUCACCUUGGAUCUCCUGACGCUUUACUCAGUCAUGAAUGAGGGCACGAUCAACGUUUUGGAGCAUUACUUCGAAAUGUCGCGGCCUGAUAGUGAGCGUGCGCUGGAGAUCUAUAAGACUUUUACUCAACAAACAGAGGAGGUCGUGAAAUUUCUCGGUGUCGCUAGACAUUUCCAAGCAGCAACACGGCUAGAAAUACCCAAGCUGAAGCACGCCUCUACGGACCUUACUCGACUCCUUGAAGACGACCUUAAUGACCCGGAUUUUGAUCAGCGACGAAGAGAAUAUCUAUUUCGAAAGGGAGGAAAGAGCGGCAAUCCGGGUCCUACACUCGCACCUGGUAACACGGCUGGAGCAGGAAAUAGGUCUGUUAGUAAUCCUGAACCACCUCGACCCCAUACACAACCUGCUCCGCAAAAGAAAGAGAAUCCGGCAGACUUAAUCGAUUUCUUCGAUUCUAUCGAUCCGCAACCCCCAGCACAACAGAACCCUAUGCAGCUACCACAUCUACAGCAGCAAGCGCAAGCGAUGCAAUUCCAACAGACGGGCUUCCAACCGCAACAGCCAGCGUUCUAUCCCCAACAAACUGGGUUCCAACAACAGGCGCAGCCGACCGGCUUUGGCCAGGCUAUACCAGUUGGAGAUCCCUUUGCACAGCAGAGUACCAAUCCAUUUGGCCAACAGCAAGCUCAGCAGCCACAGCCGCUUCAGCCAACGCCAACUGGUGCGGGAUUUGGUGGUUACUCGGCGCAACCGCAGACAUAUGGGUUCCAACAGAAUCUUGCGCCUGUUCCCCAGAACAAUCUUGCGCCAUUUCCCCAGCAACAGCAACCAAUGCCCGUCGAUGUUACUGAGUACCCCAACCGGGACCGGCGUGCCGGCAACUCCCCUAAACCGUCAGAGCACAAACCCUUUUGCGCGACGUUGUCGACCGCCAACCCGCCGCAGUUAAACGCCAGCGCGCCACCGCAGCAACCGCCUCCACAGUCAACGCAACCACUACAACCCCAACGAACGGGGACUAAUCCUUUUGCUCGAAGCUCUUCGGUUCCUCCGCAGCAGACCCAAGGCCUGCAGCCUCCUGCGCCAGCGCCUCUACGGCCGAAUCCCACUGGAAGCACGAACCCUUUCCGCCAGAGUGCUUUUGUCAACCAACAGACUGGCCAGGGGUGGCAUGUCGGUGGCCAGCAAGGGACCAUGGGCGGUUAUGAGCAGCUGGAGACUGUGCCGGUGUUUCCGCGGCCCGGAAUGUAA